GUACCUGGUGUCGAGGCACAGUAGCAGGAGCGUCAGCUCUAUGGGGGCGCCAAGAGGCUCGGGAAGAAGCAUCGGUAGCCAAUUGAUUCAUGCAUGACUGCUAUGACGAAGUUUGGGGGCGGGGUCAGGGGCGGGGUCUUGUCUGCUCCAAUCGCGCCAAGGCAUGGGGUGGGGGUAUUGCAUCGUGGGGUGGCCAGCCCACCUUGUCUUUGAAGCUCGCUGGUGCCCCUCUGCAAGCUGCAUGUACUAUUUAAUGAAUCGUGACCAUGACAGCACGCGCUGUAAACGAGCUGAACUCGCGGGGUGGAUUCCUCGGUGUAUUGGACCGCGCACUGCAGCCGCGGUUAAGGACGCAACAGCAGCGAGCUAGGCAAACCAAGGCUGGAGCCGCAGGAGUGCCGGCAGUGCCCGACCAGGCGGCUUUAAUUGCUCUGCAAAAGCAAGUGGCGGCAUGCCAAGCGCGUGAGGCGGCAUACCAAGAGCAACUGGCGGCAUACCAAGCGCGUGAGGCGGCGGACAAGGCGCGUGAGGCGGCGCGCAAGGUGCGUGAGGUGGCAUACCAAGCGGAGAAUGAGCGGCUGAGGGCCCAGCUUGCGGCCGCAGGGCACGUGGGGGCUGCCGGCUCGUUGGGUGCCGGGGCUGCUGGCCCAUCUGGUGCUGCUGCCCCACCUGCUGCUGCUGGUGCUGCUGGUGCUGGUGCUGGCACGAAGCGGCAGGCCGACCUAGGGAGCGGCGGGGCCACUACCGCAGAGCGGCCGCAGCAGCGGCGGAAACUGGGACAACCGGAGGAUGAGCAGCCGGCGCAGCAGCCGGCGGCACAGGAGGCGGCACAGGAGGAGGCGGCGGAGGCGGCGCAGCCGGCGGCACAGGAGGCGACGCAGGAGCAGCCAGCGCAGCAGCUGCCGCUAGCACAGCAGGCGCCGGAAGAGCAGGCGGAGGCAGAUCAGGUGCAGCAGCUGUAGCAGCACCAGGGGCUAAGCCAACAGGUUGUGUGGGAUGCUGCGUGCUAGGCUGCAGCAGGGUGGGGUAGUUGCCGCAGCUGCCGCCGGUUGUUGGGCUGGCGCAUACCGCCGUAAUGUUGCUGGGCAUGAGAGUGGCGAAAGACAAUGGGGUUGCGAGUACCGUACGUGUUGCACAAGAAUGUGCUGUGGUGACACCAUGGCCCAACUAAGCGAGGCCCAAAUGCCCAACUAAGCGAGGCCCAGAUGCCCAACUAAGCCAGAGCUGCUUACUCUAUUGUGCUGCAGUCUGUGUGGCUGCUGGGAGAGUUGCAAAAGUACUCAAGAACGUAACUUCAGACUCAUGCCGAUGACACUGCUGAAACCACAUUGAAGACUAUGCUGCGACGGUUGAGUGGUACCUGGUGUCGAGGCAGUGUAGCAGGAGCGUCAGCUCUAUGGGGGCGCCAAGAGGCUCGGGAAGAAGCAUUGGUAGCCAGUUGAUUUAUGCAUGACUGCUAUGACGAAGUUUGGGGGCGGGUCUUGUCUGCUACCAUACUUACCAUACUUGGGCAUGGUACCACCUUGAAACAAGAGAGUUGCCCGUUCACGAUAACGCAGCUGCUGGACGAUUUUCGUGCAACAGGGCUCACACAUCUCCUGGAGUCGCUGGAAGGUAGUCGUAUGUCAAUAUGUCUCAUGAGUGGUGUUGUGCGGGUUGGUGUGGUAGGAGCGCCGGGUUGGUGUGGUGGGAGCGCCGGGACAAGGACUGGAUGAUUCCAGAGAUCGCUCAGAACGUUCCGAUUUCUGAAGGGGUAUGCACUUUGUUUCCUAACCCGGCCCCCCCC